AUGCCGUUCCACCCGGUGACGGCGGCGUUGAUGUACCGGGGCAUCUACACCGUGCCCAACCUGCUGUCGGAGCAGCGCCCCGUGGACAUCCCUGAGGACGAGCUCGAGGAGAUCCGAGAGGCCUUCAAAGUCUUCGACCGCGAUGGCAAUGGCUUCAUCUCCAAGCAGGAGCUGGGCACGGCCAUGCGCUCCCUGGGAUACAUGCCCAACGAGGUGGAGCUGGAGGUUAUCAUCCAGCGGCUGGACAUGGACGGUGAUGGCCAAGUGGACUUCGAGGAGUUUGUGACCCUCCUGGGACCCAAGCUCUCCACCUCAGGGAUCCCAGAGAAAUUCCACGGCACUGACUUCGACACCGUCUUCUGGAAGUGUGACAUGCAAAAGCUGACCGUAGACGAGCUGAAGCGGCUGCUCCACGACACCUUCUGUGAGCACCUGUCCAUGAAGGACAUUGAGAACAUCAUCAUGACGGAGGAGGAGAGCCACCUAGGCACGGCGGAGGAGUGCCCCGUGGACGUGGAGACCUGCUCCAACCAGCAGAUCCGUCAGACGUGUGUGCGCAAGAGCCUGAUCUGCGCCUUCGCCAUCGCCUUCAUCAUCAGCGUCAUGCUCAUCGCAGCCAACCAGGUGCUGCGCAGCGGCAUGAAAUAGGCGCCACUUGGGUGCCCCGUGGGGCGCGCGGUGCGUGGGGCCCCCUCCACAACCAACGCCGCCCGCAGUCCUCUCCCUCCACCGACUCCCUGGGCCACCACCGCGUGUACUUCAGGGCCUGGGCGUCCAGCGGCACCACCCCACUCGCCCCACAGGCCUUGCAUGGAGCUGUGGCCCAGCUGCAGAGGGCCUGGUGGUGGCUCUGAGGACGGCCCUGGCCCUGCCUGCACCCUGCCCGUGCCCCACCCUGGCCUGUAUGUAGCACUAACUUUUCCCGCUGUGCACGGGCUCCUGGGAAAUUAAGGAGGAAUUUAUACAGGGCCCAGUAGCUGUAGGUCCCUCGGGCAGGAGGAGGCAUUGUGUGCCCAGGGCCACAUAGCCAACCCAACCCUGGUCCCUCAGGUCUGCCCAGGGCCAUGGAGGGGAGUGCAGGGGACAGAAAGCCUCCUCCUGGAGGGCAACACAAGGCUGGGGUCUCCUGGGCCCUUCUCCCUGGCAUGGCCUGAGGAAGCCCCCGGCCUUCUGCUGAGUCCCUUCCUCUGACCUUGCUUAGACUCAAACCCAGCCCUCCUCCAAACACCCACUAGGGCUAGAGAAUCAGCCCAUUUCAAAGAUGAGGACCCUGAGGCUCAGAGGGCUCCCAGAUUUGGCCUCAGUUCCCCCAUCAAUGGUGAUUUUUAGGCAGGGCAGCUCACGGAAGAUGGAGCAUCUGAGGUGGCCCAGCUGCCACCUCACCCAUUGGGCCCCCCACCAGAGGCCCAGUGACCUGAGGGCCACAUCGCCCACCAGCACCCCAGCACAGUGGAGUGCAGUGGAGGCAGGAAGCAGAGCUGGGACCCAGAGGCUGCGAAUCCCCUGAGCAGCCUAUGUGGUCUCCCUACCGACUGGGGGGCUCCUCCAGGGCAGAAGCCACCCCUGGUGUCAGUGCCAGGAAGCUCAGCCAGGCCACUCUCCCAAGCUCAGGGCCCGUCCUCCUGGGUCGCCUGCUUCUCCACACCAUCCAGGCUGGAGACCCAGCUCCCAUCCCUGCCCGAGCUGUGCCAUCUCACGGUCGGGCACCAGCUCAGCACGGGCUGAUGUGGGGGCCAGGACGGCAGACUGAGUCCUCAGCUCCCCUCCCCAGAUCUGGGGCUACUGCUCGCCUGGGCGAGUCACAGCCAUGCUGGCCGCCCCCUGCCCGGCUGUGCUGAGCCUCUGCCGGCCCCCAAGGGAGAAGGGCAGCAAGCACCGGUCACCG